GUGUGGUUCACCGCGGUGCCUCAGCAACCGACACGGCCUCGCACUGCGCCCACACAGCGGCAGCAGCAGCAGCAGCGAGUCGAGUAGCGAGAGGCGCCUCUGGCCGGCCUCGCCGCGCGGGUUGCGACACGCGGACACGGCGAGCCGAGGGGAAGCAGUCCCUGGUACCCUCCCAGCUGCUUCAUCUCCAUCCGUCGUGCAGUCGUGAGGCGCCAUGGCGGGCACGGCGCUCAAGCGGCUCAUGGCCGAGUACAAGCAGCUCACGCUGAAUCCACCGGAGGGCAUUGUGGCGGGACCGGUGGACGAAGAGAACUUCUUCGAAUGGGAAGCUCUCAUUAUGGGCCCCGAGGGCACGUGCUUUGAAGGCGGAGUGUUCCCCGCCGUGCUCACCUUCCCUCCCGACUACCCGCUCAGCCCACCCAAGAUGCGCUUCACCUGCGAGAUGUUCCACCCCAACAUUUACCCAGACGGGCGAGUGUGCAUCUCCAUCCUGCACGCGCCGGGCGACGACCCCAUGGGCUACGAGAGCAGCGCCGAGCGCUGGAGCCCCGUGCAGAGCGUGGAGAAGAUCCUGCUGUCCGUCGUCAGCAUGCUCGCCGAACCCAACGACGAGAGCGGAGCGAACGUCGACGCAUCCAAGAUGUGGCGCGAGGACCGCGAGCAGUUCUACCGCAUCGCUCACCAGACCGUGCGCAAAUCCCUCGGCCUGUAGAUCAUCGGCACCUGGAGCUUGAGAGUUUUAUUUUAAAAAUUUAAAAUAAUAUUACUACAUGCUAUAGAACAGAGCGUCCUCGGAAUACCAGGUUCACUCGCGGGUGGUUUUUCUCAUCAAUUAGCCCGCUAUUUUCUAUUUUCAGUCCACGUACAGCUUGUGGCGGUACUGGUUAAGGUGCAGCGCUGCAAUUGCUCCCUCGCGUCACUCCUGGCAGAAGGGCCUCCACUGAAGGAGUUCUAAAGGGGUUCUAGGGAGCCCCUUGAGAAAAUGUGGCUUGCUCAUCCACAAACAGCUUGUAAUGUUUAUGUUACUUGUUAAAUUGUGAAAAAAACCCCACUGCGGACUCCACCGAAAAUCACAAGUCAAUUCUGGAAUGCGCAAUGCUGCGGUAGUCGCCGUGCAGUACGGUACUAGACCGCGACCGCCUGGCGCAUGCGAUGUCUCCACGCUGCGUGGAGAUAUGCGGCUAACGAGCAGUCAGUUUUAUGCUGUGCACAAUAUCCUGGUGUUGAGCUUCCAGAGUGCCAGCUUCCAUUCUCCAAUUUUAUUUCCAUUUUAGGGGUCAUUCUGAGAAAAACAACAUAUAUAGCGGAUUCUGCAUAUCCACUAGCAUUAUUUCGAGGACACUAUCUCCACGAGUGAGAGGAUUCUUGUCUUUGCCACAACACUGACCCAGUGAUUAUACUCCACCAAAGUUUGGUAGCCACCAGAGAUGGCACCAGAUAAUUCAAAUACAGCAUUGGUAAUCUGUGGAUCUGGCCAACAUUGACCGCUCAAAUAUGAUCGUUUUUAGUUCACACGUAAUUUGACUUUGGUCAACUCUGAUUGCUUAGCAGAUUUUGAUUAUUUAGUACAGGGAAAACGAAUGAUAACUUUGCACAGCUAGAGCAUAGGCUGAAUGAUGUUAGAAGAUAUAUACGCUCCCAUUGGGAUAGUAAGAGAAUGCUUAGGAUGUCACUUCUGGCUCACGUGCAAAUGCCAUUCGUCGUUGAGAUGUUUGUAGUAUGUACAGAAAAAUGCAUCGCCGUGCAUGGAAGCGAUGACAAUUAUAACAUUGAAAAAUAAAAGACAAAAAAAUGUAUAUAAUUUAUGAUCGGUGAGAGUGCGGUUUGUCUCGCCGCUCAAUCGAGCGUGAAGACAACGGCCACCUCCAUUGGUGGUGCCGAGCCAAUGGUGGAAAUAUUAGUGAACGCAUGGCCAAUAUUGCGAUGGCUCUUUUACCCUCGGUGCGAAUGUGCGAGCACAAUUGAGCUAGCGCCGCAGGGAAAACUGGGUUCAAAUCCAGGAAAUCAAAGCAGAUCCUGAAAGUUGUGGAUGAAUCGCUCGAUUUUCAAUUAUCACAACGAUCAGAACCCUCUAUUAGCAGCUGGCGAAUGACCAUCCAACACAAGUCUCUUGCAGGACAGACCCAGGAAAAUCAAUGUACCGUCUUACACAAAAAACAUGAAGUAACUAAGGAUAAGUUGAUGAUUUUACUCUUUAUAUUGAGCAGUACAAACCUGAGCAAGCGGAGUUCCGUGUAGGCCGUGCACGCCGUGAUCGGUGGAGGAACAGUUCACGAGUGCGCUCUUAACACCGCAACCCGCAACACAGACGUCACGCUAUUGAACAUGCACUGUAGGUCCAAGCGGAGUUUAAUUCUUUACAGAAUAUUUUCGGGGACGCUGGUGGUAGACUGGGAUAGGCACGUGACUGUAGUAACCACAGUCAUCGCAAGAGGUGGUAGACUGGAUGUGGUGUGCUCGGUGAGGAAGUAUUUAUCCAGGUUGCCGACCCAGGCAUACCCGGCUGACCCUGGAUUUAUCGAUUCAAGCCCUGUACAUUUCAAUGACUUGUCAGGAUCAUAAAUCGUUUAUUUAUUUGCCCUUGUGGUGCAAUUAUAUUCCACAGGUGUCCUAAAUAAUGUAAUAUCCUGUCGGUCUACUGCUGUAUGAAGGCCACCCCACGCUGUGCAACUCACGGGGGUUAUUUGACCAUACAUCACCAUGCUGGUAAAUGCGGGCUGGUGAAGGGAGGGCAUGGGGGUAAGUUCAGGGCUGCUGCAGAUAUCACCUUAGCCUUCAGCUGUUCACAGUGCAGUGUAUUAACCACUGUGCUGCCACUCCACCUACAUAUAUUGGUACAUGAAAAAAGUAUCACUGCCUUGUUCAGAAAUGGUCAAUUCUUACACUCGAUUGUGUACAUUAAUCAAUAUAUUUUUAUCUUAUGAUCAGUCAGUCCAUGCGGUGAAUGCAUUUAGAGCUGGGCCCUGAUUAUGUAACUUAAUCGAUCACAAAAUUGACUCCACUAAAUCGGAUGGCACAAAAAUAAGUUAAAAAGAAAGUCUCAUCUCUUCCCACAUGUGCCGCUGAACGGGAGGUAAUGAGUCGAGUUUGUCGACAUCGUUGACUGCGUCACGCUGGGCGUGGCUUGUACUGCGGGGGUUUCCCACCUUCGGAAGGAAGCAUAUGGAAGGUUACCAUUUCCGAAGUUGCCCAAGUUAUUGACCACUUCAAAAAGGAGUAAUUGCAAUUUUUAGUCCAUUGAUCAACUUCACUGUCCAAUCGCCGCGGUUACAAAUGCAUGAACAGCCCCACUGGGUCACGCGCAGUCUUCGGCGCACGGCAGCAAUGGAUUUUUGGGGCUUCCAACCUGAAACAUGUUUAUCCAGUAUUGCCUAAAGAGGACGUUUAGCAUUUUAAAAAGUUUGCUCGACUUUGCUCGGUAAAAAUAUAUAUUUUGAUUGCUCUGUGGAGACAUGCACAUUUCUUUACCAAAAAUGGUCAAUAAACUCGCUCACGAAUAUG